AGUUUGAUUCACUGACUCCAGUCAGUGAAUCAAUUCAUUUAUGUAAUUUUCUAUGGAGUUUGCAGACAUGCUAAUCACGAGGCUGCCGUGCCGUCUCUUUUUCUAUUCUAUUGUAUUGUAAAACAUGAUUUUACAGUGGGGGUCUCCCCCCUCUGGAAGUGGCCCAGGAUGACCCCCUCCCCCGUCCCCUCUUUUGCGUUGUGGUGUAAACGCGACUGUCUUUAGGACCUGGCGGAGCUGUUCAGGGAACCCCCCUGGUAGGCUUUGCCUGGCAGCUGUGAUCUUGUUAGUCGGUAGUUGUUAUCGAGGAGGAGGAGGUGACACUGAGGACGUUUCACCGCAUCACAGUCAUUGUGGAGGACAAGAAAAAGGCAAGACGCCUGGCCAACACAAGUGUCCACUUCCUCCUCUACUGUCAGCUGCUGUCUGCGAGGGGGGGAAAGGAGGAACACCGGAGGAACCCUUGAACUUCCAGCUUCUCCCAUGUGGACACCACAGCGUUGAGACAAACUUCCACCCUGUCCCUCCUUGUCUCUCUCCUUCUCAACUUGUGAAGAAGCAAAAGAAGACGCAGAGGAGGAGAAGGAGGAGAAGAAGAAGAAGAAGUGGUGGGGCUCCAUUAAAAAAAGUUGUCCACUAUGGUUCUUUGGAAUGGAAGCCUGCUGUGCGUUCUCGCACUUAGUCUCGGCUUGGCGCCGCCGCCACCGUGCCAAGCUCGGAUAUACACCAACCACUGGGCGGUCAGGAUCGCCGGGGGAGCCGCGGUGGCCGAGCGGAUAGCGGAGAAGUACGGAUACAGGAACAUGGGGCAGAUUGGAGACUUGAAAGACCACUAUCACUUCUUCCACAGUCGGACCAUUAAGAGGUCGACUUUGUCCAGUCGUGGUCGCCAUAGUUUCAUCUCCAUGGAGCCCAAGGUGGAAUGGAUACAGCAGCAGGUGGUCAAGAGGAGGAUCAAGAGGGAUUACAAACCGGUCCCGCCUCUCUCCCUGUCGAGCCACGCCCACAGCAGCCUGACGGCCCAGAGCAGCAUAUUCUAUAACGACGCCAAGUGGGGCAGUAUGUGGUAUAUUCACUGCAAUGACGACGCCCACAACUGCCAGUCGGACAUGAACAUCAUGGGGGCGUGGAAGAGAGGCUACACGGGCAAAGACGUGGUGGUGACCAUACUGGAUGACGGCAUUGAGCGCAACCACCCGGACCUUGCUCAGAACUACGACCACCAAGCCAGCUUUGACGUCAACGGCAAUGACAAUGAUCCCAUGCCGCGAUACGACGCAACCAACGAGAACAAACACGGGACACGGUGUGCAGGAGAAGUUGCUGCGUCUGCAAACAACUCCCACUGCAUUGUGGGAAUUGCCUACAACGCCAGAAUAGGAGGUGUGCGCAUGCUGGACGGGGACGUCACGGACAUGGUUGAGGCCAAAUCGCUCAGCCUGCAGCCGCAGCACAUUGACAUCUAUAGCGCGAGCUGGGGGCCUGAUGACGACGGCAAGACGGUGGAUGGGCCGGCGUCUCUGGCCAGACAGGCUUUUGAGAAUGGCAUCCGCAUGGGGAGGAAGGGGCGGGGCUCCAUCUUCGUGUGGGCUUCCGGCAAUGGCGGCCGCAGCCGGGACCACUGCUCCUGUGACGGCUACACCAACUCCAUCUACACCAUCUCCAUUUCCAGCACAGCGGAGAGCGGACGCAAGCCUUGGUACCUGGAGGAGUGCUCGUCCACCCUGACCACUACCUACAGCAGCGGCGAGAACUACGACCGAAAGAUUAUCACGACGGACCUGAGGCAUCGGUGCACCGACAGUCACACCGGCACGUCGGCCUCGGCUCCCAUGGCCGCCGCCAUUGUUGCCCUGGCUCUGGAAGCAAAUCCUCUUCUAACUUGGAGAGACGUUCAGCACAUCAUUGUAAAGACUUCCCGAGCCGGACACCUCAGUGCCCCCGACUGGAAGACCAACGCGGCUGGUUAUAACGUCAGUCACCUGUAUGGCUUUGGCCUGAUGGACGCCGAGGCCAUGGUGAAAGAAGCCGAGCGGUGGAAGCAAGUUCCCUCUCAGCACGUCUGCGUGGAGAGUGCCGACCGGCAGAUCAGGACAAUCCGUCCGGAGCACGUGGUGCGUUCCGUGUACAAGGCCACUGGCUGCACCGACAACCCCAACCACCACGUCAUCUACCUGGAGCACGUGGUGGUACGCAUCACUAUCACGCACCCGCGCCGUGGAGACCUGUCAAUCAACCUGACCUCGCCGUCGGGGACAAAGUCACAGCUGCUCGCCAACAGGUUGUUUGAUCACUCCAUGGAGGGUUUUAAGAACUGGGAGUUUAUGACCACCCACUGCUGGGGAGAAAAAGCAGCAGGCGACUGGGUCCUGGAGAUUUAUGAUUCACCCUCUCAGCUCCGCAGCCAGAAAGUACCUGGCAAGCUGAAAGAGUGGUCCCUGGUGCUGUAUGGAACCUCUGUGCACCCGUACUCGUCACUACGCAGCGAUAAGCCUCGCUCCACCGACAUGCUGCCCAUUGAUGAGGAGGAGGAGUACAACGGUCCAUGUGACUCUGAAUGCAAUGAAAACGGCUGCGAAGGCCCCGGCCCCCACCACUGCAUAGACUGCCUGCACUUUUUCCUCAAGUUCAAGAACAACACCAGGAUGUGCGUGUCGGAGUGCCCCAGCGGCUUCUUCCGGGACGACAGGAGGCGCUGCAAAAAGUGCUCGUCGCUGUGCGAGACCUGCGUCGGUAGCCGUAGCGACCAGUGCACCACCUGCAGGUCUGGCUUCCACCUCAACGAGGGCUCCAACACGUGCGUGGCCACCUGCGGCGACAGCUUCUACCUCGAUCAUGAUUCCAACAUUUGCAGGAGGUGUCCCGAAAACUGCAAGAAGUGCACCGCCUCCAAUAUCUGCACGGAAUGCAAACCUGGGACCAGUUUACAAGGCAACAAGUGUCAGAUGACGUGCGACGCAGGUUCCUAUUACAACGGCCACAGGAGGACUUGUGAACCGUGUCAUCGCGCCUGUGCCACCUGCGCAGGCACGGGUAUAGAAGCGUGCACAAAGUGUGCCGACAGCUACUUGCUGGAGGACUGGCGCUGUGUGUCCACGUGCAGCAACGGCUACUACCUGUCAGAGCAGACGUCCGACAGCGGCCAGGUGCAGAGGUCUUGUAAGAAGUGCGAUCAUAGCUGCUAUGAGUGCUUGGGGCCCGGUGAAAGGAACUGCAGCACCUGCGUCAGCGGUUACAAUCUGGAGGCGGGAGCCUGCGUGGUCAGCACCAUCUGCAAAGAUGGUCAGUACAUGGGUCGCCAUGGCAAGUGUCUCCUGUGUGACGCCACCUGUCUGGAGUGCACGGGUCCCGAGAGAGAGGACUGCACCAGCUGCCCAUCAACACGCUUCUUUGAUGAGGGAAUGUGCGUCAUCCGCUGCCAGAAGGGGCGCUACGCCGUGGCCAGGCAGUGUCUCCGCUGCCACCACACCUGCCAGGAAUGCAGCGACGAGGGGCCGGACAACUGCACCGCUUGUGACACAGAUAUGUUUGACAUGACUCGCUACCUGUUUGGUGGUCAGUGUCGGGACGUCUGCCCGGGGGGCUUCUUCCACUCGGUGCACAAACGCUGCGAGGCGUGCGCUUCGGACUGCGCGGCGUGUGCGUCAGCCAGUCGCUGUCUACACUGCGGCCCGGGACACAAACUCCGAGAUGGCAAAUGUUUCCCGCUGGAGUGCAGCGCAGGUGAUCUGGCAGAGGCUGAGGACUGUCUCCCCUGUGAUGAAGGCUGCAAGCAGUGUGAACACAAAGACUCCAGACAUCCAGACCGAGGAACCGUGUGCCUCAAGUGUGAAGAUCAUUUCUACCAGCUGGGUUCCGACUGCUACCAGUCCUGCCCAGAUCAGACGUACGGCGUUGCAGAGACCAUGAAGUGUUCGCCGUGUGAAGACGAGCAGUGUGCCAUCUGUGACCCUACUCAGUGCUACUGGUGUCUGGAGGGAUUCUAUCUUUUUGAUGGGAGGUGUGUGGACCACUGCAAGGAGGGCUUCUUUGUGGACGUGGAGAGCCGGGAGUGCGAGCAGUGCCACCGUGCCUGCAAGACCUGCGGCGGGCCCAGAUUUGACGACUGCGACUCGUGCGAGGACGAGAUGACGCUGAGGGACGGAGAGUGUCUGCAGGGAGCUCAGCUGGGAGCAUGUCCCCAAGGACACUUCCGCAACAAGCAGGGCGACUGUGAGUUGUGUCAUUCUUCUUGUGAGACGUGCUUUGCUCCACGCAAAGACGACUGCAUCGCCUGUCACUCAGGUCAUUUCCUGACAGCUCGUCAGACGUGCACGCCUCACUGUCCUGCGUCCACCUUUGUCAACAACACGUCCGGUCGCUGUGACGCCUGCAUGGAAGGCUGUGUCUCAUGUCAGGACACCAAAGUGUGCCACCGAUGCCGAGCGGGGCUCUUCCUGCAGGACGGAACGUGUGUGCUGGAGUGCCACAGAGGUUUUGCUGAGGGUGGCGCAUGCCACCUGUGUGCUCCACAAUGUGCUUCCUGUCAGGGUAACGCCUCCUUUUGUCUGAGCUGUGAAGACGGGUUCUUCCUGUUGGAGCGCUCGUGCAGACGUCGGUGUCCUCCGGGCUACUAUAGCAAAGACGCACAAUGUGUCCACUGUCCCCCUGGCUGUACGCAGUGCAACCAAGAUGGCCUCUGUCAGAAAUGCGCAGAUGACUUCCUCCUCCAUGCCGACAAAUGCGUGGACGACUGCCCCGCCGGAUACUUCGCCACCGAGAAGCAGCGGGAGUGUGUGCGUUGCCAUGCCGACUGCGCCUCCUGCGACGGCCCCGACAGUGACGACUGCGACGCGUGCCGCAACCCCAAAGCCGUGCGCUACAACGGCGAGUGUCUGCCCGAGUGUCCCAGCAACGCUUACUACGACCACGCUGAUGGCGAAUGUAGAGAUUGCGACCGGUCCUGUCUGACGUGUUCGGGCAACGAGCCGUCGUCGUGCCUGAGCUGCGAGUCGAACCGGCGUAAGGACGCCAACGGCCACUGCGUGUGGUACAGCCAGUGCUCCCUGCGCUCCUACAUGGACUCCAGCGGGCAGUGCCAGCCGUGCCACGAGUCCUGUCAUCGCUGCUCGGGCCCGGGCCCGGACCGCUGCCUCAGCUGCAACCCUCCACACUUCCUGAUGAACUCUACGUGCACGCUGCAGUGUCCCGUGGGUUACUAUGGCGACGACAAGGACGAGCGUGUGUGCGAGCGCUGCCACAUGAGCUGUGCGUCCUGUGUGGGCCGCCACAGCGUGCAGUGUGUCGCCUGUAGACCGCACUUCUUCAGGCAGGGAAGCAGCUGUGUACAAACGUGCUCUGAGAGUCAUUUUGGCAACACGAGCAUCAUGGCGUGCGAGCGUUGCGACCCCGCUUGCAGACAGUGUGGAGGUCCCGCCGACAGCGACUGCCUGAGCUGCCGGGACGGCUUCGUCUACAUGAAGCAGACGGGUCGCUGCCUGAAGAACUGCCCCCCAGGAUACUACCGACACAUCUGGUCCAACACCUGCCUCAAGUGCCACCCCACCUGCAGGACCUGCACAGGUGGUGGCGCUGUGUCCUGCCAGUCCUGUUACCAUGGCUACAGGCUAAUCGGCUCAAGCAUCUGUGAACCCCAGUGCCUGAUUGGCUUCUAUGCAGCCUCACAGACCUCGACGUCUGACAGCGACACACCCGACUGCGAGCCCUGCGACCCUUCCUGCUUGGGCUGCCGCGGUCCCGGCGCGUGGAACUGCACCGAUUGUCCCGCCUCUCAGAUGCUGGCCGAUGAUGGCCGAUGUCUGGCCUGCUGCAGAGACGACACGCUGCCCGCUGACAAGCCCGUCCCGUGGCAAUGCUGCGACUGCACCGCCUCUCCACAGGAGUGCAUCCUGAGCGUCAACUUUGUGAUGAGAAACACUGACGAUCUGGAGGCCGAAGGCGCCGCCAAGCUGGCUGCCACCAUCUUUGUCCUGCUGGUCCUGGCCGUGGGGGGCGGGGUCUUCAUCUUCCUCCACGUUCGCUCCAAGUCGUACUCCGUCGGCGCCUCCGCCUCCGCCUCCGCCUCCGCCAUGCCCAAACUCAAAAACGGAGGCUACCUGAAGCUGGACAACAACGAAGAUGCGGUACGGCAGCAGGUAAGCGCCGCCUCGUUUGGCGAAUACAGCGACCGCAUCGUGGAUUGCGAGGGCCGAGAUGAUGAAGAUGACGAUGAGGAGGAUAUUGUGUACAUGGGGCAAGAUGGCACCGUCUACAGGAAGUUCAAGUAUGGCCUUUUGGAUGACGAGGAUGAUGAGAUUGAGCUGGAGUAUGACGACGAGAGCUACUCCUACACCUGACACCAUUUUUAGCGGACUGACACUUGGAGUUUUAAAGCCUUCGGAACAACACUACCAUCCAACCCCUCAUGACGAUGCAUUCACUGACCACUUUAUUAGGUACACCUGCUGAUCUUCUCGUGCACCAAACCUUCACACUGAACGCAGCAGUGCCGUUUCCAUUGCUGCGUCGUACGUCGUGGAUACGCUGAAACCACGUUGCGAUAUUUAGCAUACGCGAGCUUUGCCGUCACGUGUCCUCACUGCUUCCCUUCAAGCGAUACGGAUGAUACUGUUGCUAUUCUGGUGAAGUACCACGGUGAUAUCGUAUCGUUUCAGUAUGACUUGUCAACAUGUAUCACGCAGCUGAUUCCAUCCAAACUGUUGAUUGUUGUACAGUACAAGCAAUGUGCCCUGGUGCUUUUGAUAUUGUGAGCAAUAUCGCAAUGAUAUCGUUUUCAGGGUUACUUCUGUUCCUCCUCGGCAUCAAUUAUCAAAUUCACAAUUAUUGUACAAUCACUGCAUCAUGAUACCGGCGUUAUCGUGGGGGAAUUUCAGUGAUACCGUAUUGUGAUACAAUCAAUAUUAUGGGAGAAUAGUGCAGUGAUUUUGUACCAAGCGCAGAUAUCAACAUGUAUCAAGACAUUUUUGGCAAAGUGUUGAUUAUGGUACAAUCGUAUCAUGAUACUGUCAAUACGGUGGGCAAAUAUCACAGUGAUAUCAAUCUGAAGCGACUUGGAUACAAUAACUGUAUUGUGAUGCAAUCGAUAUUGUGGAUGAGUAGUGCAGUGAUAUCGUAUCAAGAGCAGAUAAAAGCAUGUAUCAAGACGUUUUUGGCAAGUGUGUCGAUUAUGGUACAAUCGCUGUAUCAUGAUACUGUCAAUAUGGUGACCAGUGGUGAUAUGGUGAUCAGUGAUAUCAAUUUGAAACAACUUGGAUACAAUAUAACCGUAUUGUGAUACAGUCGAUAUUGUGGCAGCGUAGUGCAGUAAUAUUGUAUCAAGAGCCGAUAUCAACUUGUAUCAAGACUUUUCUGGCAACGUGUCGAUUAUGGUACAAUCGCUGUAUCAUGAUACUGUCAAUAUAGUAGGCAAAUAUCACAAUGAUAUCAAUCUGAAGCUACUAUUUAUUGUCUUAGUAUUUCAUCUUUAUUCUUGUAAAUAACUGCUCUUUUUUCUCAUUUUUGCCAUUCUAUUUUUAUUUUCUUUAUUUUUAGAGUGAUUGCUUUUUAGAGUGCUGCACCUUGGACACGCCUGGUAUGCAGUACAUGUUCACAUACACUCAGAUCUACAUUCUGUUUUGCUAUGUCAUGUUAUGGAUAUAUGGCAACGAUAUUGGACACAUGACUCUUCAGAAUGCUGUGAUGUUUUCUUGUGGAACGAGGCCAUCGUCUUUAGUGGUGUGUGGCUGCACCACGCUUUUAGUGGAGUGACAAUGCCGCCUGUGUCGUCUCCCAGAGAUAAGGACGCCUCUCAUGGAAACCAAGUAUGUAGACCAAAUAGUUUUGCUGGCUGUGACUGGACUCUUUAGUUCCCAUCAGAUGGAUUAGCCUCCACUCUUUUAUUUGGUGCUAUUCAUACCAAAGAUUGUCUCCCUCAGUCUACUUUAAAUUGCACUUUUUACAAUAUCGGUCUGCCCCGGGGCCUUCUCCAGGGUGGACAUCCCCGGAACACCUCACCAGGGAGACUCAUUUCAGACGCUUGUAUCCGAGAUCUCGUUCUUUUGGUCACCCAAAGUUCAUGACCAUAGGUGAGGGUGGGAACAUAGAUCGAUCGGUAAAUUGAGAGCUUUGCCUUCCGACUCAGCUCCCUCUUCACAACGACUGUCCGGUACAGCCCCCGCAGUACUGCAGACGCUGCUAUGAUCCGCCUGUCGACCUCACGCUCCAACCUUCCCUGACUGAACAAGACCCCGAGAUGCUUGAACUCCUCCACCUGAGGCAGGACCUUAUUCCUAACCCGGCGGGUGCAAUCCAACCUUUUCCACCUGAGAGCCGUGGCCUCGCAGGUGGAGGUGCUGAGUCGCAUCCCAGAAGCUUCACACUCAGCUGCAAACCUGUCAGUACGUUUGUAAAAAGCUGCAUGAGGAGGUCAAAAUGCUAGAAACAGCUCCCUCACUAUCAUGCACUGCAGGUGUACAACCUAAUGAAGUGGCCAGCGAGCAUAUUAUGACAUUUUAAUCAAUUGAAAAACCUUUUUAAGAACGGACUUACAUUAAAUAAAAUUCAAUGUGAAAUGACUUAUUUAGCUUGGUUUAAAUACAUUUGGAACUUGCAAUUUAUUGAAAACAACAAUUGAACUGAAGUAGGCUGUUUAUCAGAUGAUCAAAAGUUUAGGACCAUCGCUCAAAAAAGAACAAAAAACUCAGUAGGACUCAGUGAUGAGUAGCUCCACCGUUCUUGUUCAUCACUUCAAAAAUGGCUUUGGGCAUGCUUGACGCGAGUGUUUCCAGGAGGCUAGUGGGAACAUUUCUCCAAGUGGAGCCAAGAUGGCUUCACCAAGGGCAUCAACUGUCUGGAACUGAUGGCCAUUUUUAUAAACAUCCCUUGCCAUCCAUCCCCAAAUGUUCUCUAUGGGAUUUAAAUGAGGGGAACAUGCAGGAUGGUCCAAAAGAGUGAUGUUAAUCUCCCUGAAGAAGUCCUUGGUCAAGCGAGCAUUGUGAACUGCAGCGUUGUCCUGUUGAAGAACCCAGCUGUUACCACACAGACGAGGGCCCUCAGUCAUGAGGGAUGCCCGCUGCAACAUCUGCACGUAAGCAGUCGCCGUUUGACGACCCCGCACCACCUGAAGCUCCAGUGUUCCACUGAAUGAAAAAGCACCCCAGACCAUGAUGGACCCUCACUGUGCCGGGUAGAAAACAUCUCAGGUGGGAUCUCCUUGUCAUGCCAGCAACGUUGGAAGCCAUCUGGACUGUCAAGGUUACAUUUUUUCUCAUCAGAGAAUAAAACUUUUUUCCACCUUUCAAUGUCCCAUGUUUGAUGCUCCCUGGCAAGGUGUAAACGGGCACUUUUGUGGCGUUGAAGGAGACUAGGUCUUUGAAAUAGUUUUUUUUUUAACUUUUUUUCCCCACAGAUGUCGUCUGAUGGUUAUUGCGCUGCAGUCGGAACCAGUAAGGGCCUUAAUGUGGGUGGAAGACCACCCUUUCUCUUGGACAGCCGAUCGGAUCCUCCGGCUCAGCGCAGGUGGGAUUUUUUUGGGUCUACCACUUGACUUUUUUGUUCCAUAAUGCUCAGGAUCUUUCAGAAAAUGUAGAAUGACUGUCUUACUGCGCCCAACCUCAGCAGUGCAACAAUCCGACCACGUUGAAAAAGAGAAAGCUUCUUAGCUUUAGCCAGCAGGAGCGCAUGACAGUGUGAAUGCCUGACAGAAAAUGACAAUUUUGAGCAGAAUUUGACUUUGAUAGCCUGUGGUCUUAAACUUUUAAUCAUGUGAUAAACAACCUAUUUGUUUUUUGUUUAAUUUACAAGUUCCAAAUGUUUUUUUUGCCACUUUUGCAUAUUGUAGCUCUACUUAAAACCCCAUUAUGAUCCAAAUGUGCAAAAUGCUAAUUGUAGCUAUUUUUCAACUGGUCUGUAUACAUGAGCACUGUAUGGGGAAUAAAAUGCAAAGCGUGCAUUGAUGAAAUGAUUUAUUGGAUGAAUGUAUGUAUAAAUCCUUGAAUGACAGCUCACUGACACGUUGCGAAGCUUUAUUACUCAGAUGAUCAUGAUGAUUCCAGUUAUUAUAGUGGAGAGACGACGCUUGACAGGAUAGAUCACAUAAGCCAUUUAUAGAUUUGUCUAUAUACACAUACACUUUGAUCAGGUGAAAUACAGUAAACGCACAAGGCAUCAUGAAUGUACAGUCUUUUCUGGUUGGUGUUUCUUCUAGGACCAGCUUCAUAAAUCAUUUAUAAAUAAUGUUUGAGGGGUUUCUCUCUCUGUUAAGUGGACUUUAUUCUUUCAGG